AUGCGGAUGGUCGAAAAGUGCAUGGUAGCUCACGAACUCGAUUGGAGUGGUUUUCUCACGCAGCCACCCGAUGCCGAGGAUUGGAAGCCAGACCCAGAUUCGAUCCCUAGGACAGGUACGCUGAAGGAUGCUCGUUUCAGUAAGGAUCCCUACAACGCCAUCUUCUACCACGGCCUGGACAAGAAAGUCAAGCUUGUCAACAUCACCUCGCCUCAUACGCACUGCUUCUAUUCGACGCAGACUUCACCGAAUAGAUCAUGCACAGCAAUAUUAUACCAGAAUUGA